AUGGCGGCUUCAGCUUGGUCGAAGCUCGCCCUUCUUCUCUGCUACUUUGGCUUGAAGGCCUUCGUAUUCGGCAUCGUUGCCGAAAACAAAAAGCCUCAGUUUGGAACAGGUACCGUCACCGGAGAUGGUUAUGUCAUGUGCGACUUCUCACGUCUCAGCGUGGUGAUGGGGAUCCUCUCGGUGAUCUCGCUGCUAAUCACCAUCCUCAUCGGCCACCGUGCCGUCUUCUACCCCUACCCUACCAACAAGACCAACCAGCAACCUGCAUCAGUUCCUCGCCGAGCUCUGCUUCGAAGCACCAUCCUCAUAGUCUUCUUCAUCAUCGCCGAGUUGGUCUCGAUUUCGGCUUUGGUGAUGCUGGUGGGAGCGACCAAGACGCAGGCGGCCAACCUCCGGUACCAGCUGCGAAUACAACCUGACGGCACCAUGAGCUGCCCGUCAAACACGGACAAGAUGGACGGCCACUUCGGUGGAGGCGCCCUGCUGGCCCUUGAUGCCGCGCUCAUCUGGUUCAUCUGCCAGCUGCUCGCGCUCGAGGCCCGGGCUAACUACCUCGACCGUCUCCCCGGGGAUGAUGAGGACUACGAUGACAACAACAAGAAACAUGAUGGCGACAAUGUAGCCUCUGAGGACCACAGUCAGCUAGCAUAA